AAAUAUAGACCAAACAAUUAUCACGAGACAAUAAUAAACUUUAGUAACUAUUUGUGAGACUGUGCGGUCGGAAAAAAAAAAAAAAAAAAAAAAAAAAAAAAAAAAAAAGAAACUUUAAUUUUUUUUAAACUGAAUAAUUUAAAAGUAUUAAAAUGUUUGUGGAAAUCGCGGCACAGUGCAUUUGGGAAUCAAUUAAAGACGUUGAUAAAAUAGACUUAUUCAACGUCUACAAUCUUGUGGUAUUCAUUGUGGUAAUUGGACUAGUCAGACUCGUUCAGUGGGUCCGGUAUCUUCGAAGUUUGCCGCCCGGACCUUGGGGAUUCCCCAUUCUCGGUUAUCUUCCGUUCAUCAAGGGUGACUUGCAUCUCCAGUUUGGCCGACUGGCUGCUGAAUACGGGUCAAUGUUCAGUGCUAAACUCGGCAGCCAGCUAAUUGUUGUUCUCAGCGAUCAUCGCACCAUCCGCGAGACAUUCCGGCGAGAAGAAUUUUCCGGAAGGCCACACACUGAAUUCAUGAAUAUUCUCGGCGGUUAUGGUAUUGUCAAUACCGAAGGCGCUAUGUGGAAAGAACAGAGAAAAUUCCUCCAUGAAAAGUUACGAUAUUUUGGGAUGACUUACAUGGGAAACGGAAGAAAAUCCAUGGAGACUAGAAUAAAGCGCGAAAUAGAAACUAUGAUACACACGCUGUCAGUAAAGAGCGGCGCACCAACAGAUCUUUCACCUACACUGAGCGUAUCAAUCAGCAAUGUCAUCUGCUCGAUCAUAAUGGGGGUCAGAUUCCAGCACGGAGACGCUAAAUUCAGCCGAUUCAUGGAGCUGAUUGAUGAAGGAUUUAAACUUUUCGGGAGAAUGGUUCCUGUUAACUUUAUUCCUUUGAUGCGGUACCUGCCUGGACUCUGCAAGGUCCGCGACAAGCUGUCCCGUAACAGAUCUGAAAUGGCAGAAUUCUUCCAAGAAACUGUUGACGAGCACCGCAACACCUUCGACAAAGAAAACAUCAGGGAUAUCGUGGACGCUUAUCUCGUUGAAAUUGAGAAAGCUCAGACGGAGGGAAGGUCGGCGAUGCUGUUCCAGGGAAAGAAUCACGAUCGUCAAAUGCAUCAAAUACUGGGGGAUUUGUUCUCUGCCGGAAUGGAAACCGUGAAAACAACUUUGGAAUGGGCUGUAAUUUUAAUGCUCCACCAUCCAGAAGCGGCCAAAGCCGUCCAAGAAGAACUGGAUCACAUUGUCGGGAGAUCACGUAUGCCCGCAUUGGAAGACCUUCCUUACUUGCCAAUUACCGAAGCCACAAUUCUUGAAGUAAUGAGGAGAUCCAGUAUUGUACCACUUGGAACCACUCACGCAACUACUAGAGACGUUAAGUUUAACGGAUUCACAAUACCAGCAGGAACGCAAGUAGUACCGCUACUCCAUGCAGUUCACAUGGAUCCGAAUCUGUGGGCCGAGCCAGAAGACUUCCGACCAGCGCGGUUUCUCUCCGCAGAGGGUAAAGUCUGUAAACCCGAGCAUUUUAUGCCCUUCGGCGUGGGACGUAGAAUGUGCCUGGGCGACGUGCUUGCCCGCAUGGAGCUCUUCCUAUUCUUCAGCUCGCUUCUUCACACUUUUGACAUUAAAUUGCCAGAAGGCGCGUCGCUACCCAGUUUAAGAGGCAACGCCGGUGUCACCGUCACACCUGAUCCAUUCAAAGUUUGUCUGGCACAGAGACACCUCGACAUUCCGGAUUUUCAACACGAAACAGUCACCAGCCCGUUGAGAAAUAUCGGCAGUCAUUAAAAUUCUAAUCCGUGCGUCAGCUAUUUCUAACAGACGGCAAAAAAAAAAAAAAAACAAAAAAAAAAAACAUUUACAAUCAGAGCCAUGAAUGUGUGAUAUAUUUGUUCGUAUACAGAGUAUGUGAUCGUAAGUAAAAAUUGACAAGAGAUAAUGUUAGAUAGAUAGUACUAGUUUCAUAGAUUAUAGAUAGAUAGUUUAUGAUAGAUGUGUGAAAAUGAAUGGAUGCAUUGUGUAUGUCAAGCAUGAAUGUCUAUUGCAUGUGCAUGAGAAAAUGAACAAUUUUCGAUGGCGCGCGACAAACAGUACAAAUCAAACACCAAAAUGUGUCAGCGCCUUCGUUGUAAACCCGCCGCCAUAUUAUUUAUUUAUUAUCAUAAUUAAUUUUAGACAGUAUCAUUAUAAUAAUAAUAAUAAUUAUCUUUAUUAUUAUUAUUAUCAUCAUUAAUAUUAUUAUUAUUAUUAUUAUUAAUAACAUUAAUUUAUUUAAUAGUAAACAUCUUAAUAAUUAAUUACUUGUACAUUAAUAGUAUCAUCUUUGUAUAUAAUACGUAUAAAUAUAUAUAUAACUAUGCGGAUUUUUUAUAAGUUAAAAAUUAAGAGCAAAAGAGAAUGAGAGAUAAUAUUUCAUCGCAUCUGUUUUAUUUAAUUUUUUUUUUUAUUAUUAUUACCGCGAAAAUAUGUGCCAAAAGUAUAACUGCCAGUUGGGCGUGCGCGAUCUCAUAUAUAGAUUGUAUAUAAGACUCUAUAAUGAUGACAGUAAUACCAUGCGCUAUUUUUGUAUAACCAAUAUGAUAAUAAGACUGACCUGCGGUUUUUUCCGAAGAAAAAAAACACAAAUUGUUUCUUUUUUUUUUAUCCUUAUUUAGUCUUACCAAAUUAUUCUCUUAUAUACAUAAACACAUCCAUAUAUACAUUGAUCACUUAAAUGAUAUACUUAUUUAUUAUUACAAGUAUCACAAGCUUGCACGGUUUAUUUUUUUUGUGUAAUGCUUUAAAAGUUUCAUGUUCUUAAAAUAAUUCUCAUUGUUUAUUCUCGUACAUAGGUCGCGUCGUGAUACACGCACUGGUCAUAUUUUUGAUUGUUUAUCGCAUUACCUCAAGUUCAAUAUGCAGUCUGUUUAGUUCACUGACCAAUCUUAUCGUUUAUAUGUUGCGCGUGUGAGGUCGGACCGUCUGCCACGUGAAUAUAUAUAUGUAUAUAUCGAAAUACUCUGUGUUUGUAUCUGAGUACACACGCGAGACGGUGCAGUAAAAAAAUACAAACAAAAAAAAAAAAA